AUGAGCACCGGCGGGCCAGGAGCGCGGCGGCUUGUUGCCUCGGCGACCGGCGCGCGGCCCCGCCCCCGCCGAGCCUCCCGGUCGGGUUCGGACUCCAGCGCCAGUGAGCUGACGCCGCGUCCCGCGCACCUGCGCCCGCGCCCGGAGCCGGCCCAGAGCCCCCGAGGGCAGUCCCCACGGGGCGACCCCCCGGCCCCGUCCGACCGGAGCGCCGGCGCCCGGUCGCUCUGUGCCCCCGGAGCCCAGGCGCUGCACGCCCGGCCCCGGCGUCUGCACCCAGCCGGGGCUCCCCACCCUCCUGCGCAGGGGGAGCUGAAGGCUAGUGAGACCCCAAGCCCCCAGGUGGGCGGUUCCGGAGACCGGGUGGCUGAUGAAGCUGGGCCUCAGGAGCGUGUGGCCACAUCCGUCUUCAGAGUGAUGAGAAGCGUGUAUUUCAGUCCCAAGUGUGAGGGUGUCUUCAUCGUGUUCUUCUGGCUGGAGGCCUCCCACGAGCAGCAGGAGCUGGUGCAGAGCCAGGCGCGGCCCGGGAGGCAGGCGGGGGCGGGAGGCGGCCAGGCGGUGGCCACGGAGCUCACAGGCCUCCUUGUGCCAUGCCGGGGCUCACGCUCCAGGGCGGCAGACGUGCAGUCACUGUCAUUGCGGGAGAGACAUCUCAGUUUCUGUCCCAGUCUCAGCGAGGACCAGACCCGAGCCCGUGGCGUGGAGGCGGGGGGAGAGAUGGCCUCCACACACGCCCGUGGCCGGAACAUGAACCUUGGACGCAGGGUCCCUGAGCAGACGCUGUUCCUAACUGGUCCCUCUCUCCAGGCCUCUGCCCGUGUGCACCCCGACCUCCCUUCUGAGUGUGGCCCCGUGUUGAAAGCCGGCUUGUCUGUUCCUGGCUGGCUGGGUGUGAGCGCCGCUGACGCGCGUGUGCUGCGUGGCGGCCUCGAGCUGAACUGGAGCGGCCUCGGCGCCUCGUUGUUGUGGCGCCGGCACCUAGGGCUGCGGGCCGAUGGCCAGAACUUCAAGCUGGAGAACUCGGCCUUCUGGAUCUUCGGGGGCUCCAUCCACUACUUCCGGGUGCCCCGGGCCUACUGGAGGGACCGUCUCCUGAAGCUGCGGGCCUGCGGCCUCAACACGCUGACCACCUACGUCCCGUGGAACCUCCACGAGCCACAGAGAGGCACAUUCGACUUCUCUGGGAACCUGGACCUGGAGGCCUUCAUCCUGCUGGCGGCGGAGGUGGGACUGUGGGUGAUCCUGCGUCCAGGCCCCUACAUCUGCAGCGAGAUGGACCUCGGGGGCCUGCCCAGCUGGUUACUCCGAGACCCUGACAUGAGGCUGAGAACAACUUACAAGGGCUUCACGGAAGCAGUGGACCUUUAUUUUGACCACCUGAUGCUCAUGGUGGUGCCGCUCCAGUACAAGCAUGGGGGACCCAUCAUUGCUGUGCAGGUGGAGAAUGAGUAUGGGUCCUACAACAAAGACCCCGCCUACAUGCCUUACAUCAAGAAGGCCCUGCAGGACCGGGGGAUCGUGGAGCUGCUCCUGACCUCAGACAACCAGGACGGCCUGAAGAAUGGCAUUGUGGACGGAGUGCUGGCCACCAUCAACCUCCAGUCACAGUCGGAGCUGCGGCAGCUCACCGCCAUUCUGCUGGGCACACAGGGCAGCCGGCCCAAGAUGGUGAUGGAGUACUGGACGGGCUGGUUUGACUCGUGGGGCGGCCCCCACUACAUUCUGGACUCCUCAGAGGUCUUGAACACAGUGUCGGCCAUCGUCGAAGCCGGCUCAUCCAUCAACCUGUACAUGUUCCAUGGGGGCACCAACUUCGGCUUCAUCGGAGGAGCCAUGCACUUCCAGGACUACAAGCCCGAUGUCACCAGCUACGACUACGACGCUGUGCUGACAGAGGCCGGGGACUACACGGCCAAGUACACAAGGCUCCGGGAAUUCUUUGGCUCCAUGUCAGGGGCCCCUCUCCCCGUCCCGCCUGCCCUUCUUCCCAAGACGGCGUAUGACCCGGUGACACCAGCUUUCUACGUGUCCCUGUGGGACGCCCUGAACCUCCUGGAGCUGCCGGUCACCUCGGAGCACCCGGUCAACAUGGAGAACCUCCCGAUCAACGGGGGCAGCGGGCAGUCCUUCGGGUACACGCUCUAUGAGACCACCAUCACCUCGUCCGGCGUCCUCAGCGCCGUUGUGCGUGACCGGGGACAGGUGUUCCUGAACACGUUCUUCCUGGGGAUCCUCGACUACAAGACGGCGACGAUCAUCAUCCCCAUGGUCCAGGGGUUCACGACGCUGAGGAUCCUGGUGGAGAACUGCGGGAGGGUCAACUACGGGGACAGCAUCGACCAGCAACGCAAAGGUAUCAUUGGAAAUGUCUAUCUGAACGAUUCUCCCUUGAAAAAAUUCAAAAUCUACAACCUGGAGAUGGACAGGAGCUUCCUGCGGAGGUUCACUGGAGACAUGUGGAAGCCUGUCACGGAACAGCCCAUGUUCCCUGCUUUCUUCCUGGGGGCACUGUAUGUCUCGGACCCCCCCUACGACACCUUCAUGAAGCUGGAGGGCUGGGAGAAGGGGGUCGUGUUCAUCAACGGCCAGAACCUCGGCCGUUACUGGAACAUCGGGCCCCAGGAGACCCUCUACCUCCCCGGCGCCUGGCUGGACGCAGGCUUAAAUAAGAUCAUGGUCUUUGAGGAGAAAAGGGCGCAACAGAUAAUCCAGUUCGUGGACACGCCCAGCCUGGGCCAGCACGAGUACCUGCACUGAGCCGCCCAGGCCCGCGACCCCGCUGACCGGCUUGUACCUGCUCCGUCCGCCCUCGGGAGCCCGCCUGCGGCUGCAGUUGAGCCUCGCCCUGUAGGCUGGGAGGCGCGAGGAGGGGGCGAGGGGCCCUCCCGGGAGAGCCGCCCGGCUCCCCUGGGCCAGACGGAGGCCCGGGGACUGUUCACCGUGGGGGCCGGUGGGGCCUGGCUCCUGAGUGCUUGCUUCUCUGCCCCCAGCCCGGCCGUGCCCUCGUCCCUGUGGCCCCG